ACAAGCACGCAAUCCGCCAUUUAAAUGUUUUAAAAGUCGUGUGUGUUUCCCUUGUUUAUUCUGAAGUGUGGAAAGUGAGAAGAGCUUUAGCGACACGCCUGACCGACUGUCUUCGUCUCGUGUAAGUUACCGUUCAAUAAGCGUCAUGGGAUCCAGUGAGAGCAAGGUGGUUGUUUCUGCACCAAUAAAACCAGAACCUGCAAUCAAAAACAGUCGAGUCAGUGAUCUGAUAGAUCCACGCUCUCCUUCAACAGGAGUCGUUCGUACACCUAUUCAGGUCGGUGGGCUUGUGUCCAAAACUGAGUGUCCACUGGCAUUCACUGAUCCCCGUUCACCAACUAUUGCCAUUUGCCGCACCCCUAUCAGAGAAGUCAUGAGAGCGACAGUUGGGUCCUUUGCCCACCGCCUAAGCAUGCUUUUGCACAAUGAGACUGAAGGCAAAGUCCCUGAAGCCCCUCAGAAACUCUUCAAUGAUGCUGUGGAGGAAGAGGUCUUUCAGGGUGAAGAGCUGGCUUCCACUGAGCCUCUCCUGACUCAUCAGUCCUCUCACACCUUUGGCUCCCUGGCUGAGCACGCUCACCUCCUGGCCACCCCUGUGCAGCCCCCUCUCCAAAGUGUAGGUGACUCGAGCCCCUUUGUGCUUCUUGAGAAACCCCAAGUGGAGGUGGAUAUUGAAACUGAGGCAGACAUUAGCCUGGAGGAGGCUGAAGAAGCAAGAGAGUCUCCUCUUCACAAGAGACUGAGCAUGAGUCUGAUAACUUGCCAUGAGGGGGAAACCUCAUCCCAGAUCUUUGUUGAGGUGCACAAUGACAGUACUUCAUCCCCAGUGCCUAGUGUUGAAGUGGAGCUACUCGGGAAUGGUGUGGAUCAUUCUUAUGCCCUUCCCUCUGUCACUGUUGAACCAGAGUCCCCUGUUGAGCCUUCCCUCCCCAAUGAUUUAGAUGGUUCCCCUGCCCAGUCAGAGGAAGCAAAGCAAUCUUCUGAAGAAACCAAAGAGCUUGUUGAAGAAUCUCCUUUGCCUUCUCCACCAGAGCAGCCACAGCUCAGCACCGGCAUCCGCUGCCCCACAUUUGACUCAAAGAGCCCCAGUCAGGUGGUGUUCAAGCCGCAGUGGUUGGGAAAAGGUUUUGGCGCCACUAAGCCAAGAGCUAGAAGAGUGCAGGCUGGAAAAGGUGGCUCUUCUCCUCGUGCGGUCCAUGUGGCCGUGAAGAAAGUAACCAUGGAAUCAAUCAACGGACAGUCUGGAAAACUGAAGCAGAAAGGUACUGAAGGGCGCUCCCCGCUGCAGAUCCUUAAAGGGACCAACUCGCCCAGGGGCCAACGUCCUCAGAUGAAGCUGAAGGUGUCUACCCCAGAUAAGCAGAGGCUGGGACAGAUGGACCGCAGAGUGCUACCAGUGUCUUUGGAUAAGGAGAACCGAUGAUUCACUGCACUAACGUAUACAGAAUCCUGACACUCUUGUCUCUUAAAACAAGCUUUUACGUGUACAGUUUUCUUAACUGACUUUUGUCCUGUGUAUAUUACUUUUACUGCUGUUUUCUAUCCUGUUUUCCCUCUUGUAAAUAUAAAUAAAAUUAUUUGCAUUAAAAA